AUGUCGACUACGGCCAUGUCCAAGAAAAACAAGGGGAAGAAGGUCGCCGACCCGAACGAGACCUCGAAGCUUCUUGCCGCCAAGAUCUCGCAGUUGGAGCAGGAUGCUGCAGGAGAGAAGGACCAAGAACAGGAAAUCGAACGGGAAGUGAAGAAGGCGACUAGGGACCUAAACCAGCUCUUGACCAAUAUCGAAUCCCCGAUGACCCGUCUGGAAACCGUCCAUAAAAAGUACACCGAGCUGCUGGCCGAUAUGAAGAAACUAGACCGCGACUAUGCCAAGAGUAAGAAGCGGGCGGAUCAGCUGCAGAAGGACCAGGACAAGGGAAAAUCGGAGUUGAAUAAGACCGUUACCAUGAAAGAUAAGCUGGAAAAACUUUGCCGUGAAUUAACUAAGGAAAACAAAAAAGUAAAGGACGAGAACAAGAAGCUCGAGGAGAAUGAGAAAAAGGCCCGUGCGAUCGUCAAUGAGCGACUCGACUCUCUUUUGUACGACAUCCAAGAUGUGAUGGCAGCGAAGGGCAAUCCCCGAAGCGAGAAAGUUGACAUCGACCUCGACGAAGCUCUUCGAGCCAAGAUUAAGACCAUUGGUGAAAAGUUCGAGAUGCGCGAGUUACACUACAAGUCGUUACUGCGCAGCAAGGAUGCUGAGAUCCAAUGUCUCACCGCCAAAUAUGAAGAACAGAGGCGCGCGGCGGAAAACGAGGCUGCUCGUUGUCGUGCGCUGAGCUCUCAGGUGUCGACCUUUUCGCAUACGGAGUCGGAACUGCGAAGCCAGCUGAAUAUCUAUGUGGAAAAGUUCAAACAGGUUGAGGAUACUUUGAACAACAGUAAUGAGCUGUUCUUGACCUUCCGCAAAGAGAUGGAGGAGAUGUCGAAGAAGACAAAAAGGCUGGAAAAGGAGAAUCUCACCCUCACUCGCAAGCACGAUCAAACGAACCGAAACAUAUUGGAAAUGGCCGAGGAACGCACGAGGAAUCAUGAGGAACUCGACAAGUGGCGAAAGAAGAGCCAUCACCUGGAAGCGCUAUGUCGACGAAUGCAGGCUCAGGGUCGUGGUCAGGGUCUCGCUGUGGACCUGGACGGUGAUGACGAAGGGACGGAGAGCGAGUACGAGGAGGACUACGAAGACGAAGAGGACGAAGAGGGAAUCAGUGACGAAGAAUAUGAGCUCGAUAGCGCCAACGGCGACCACCCUCUGCCCCAGCAGCAAGAGAAGCCUGUAUUUGGGCCGCCACCGCCCCCAAAUCUUCUGGAGGCGCGAGCCAAUGGAAAGGCUGUCUUGAAUGGAUGCCACUAA